AUGAUCAUUAGAUCGGAUCUGUUAUGGUGCUGGACUGACUGAACUGUUUUAAUCCUCGUGUAGCCCCCCCCCCCAAACCCCCUCCCCCAUGUCAGACCUUCUCUAAAUUAUGGAAAUUUUGUGGAAGACGCUGACUUGGAUAUUGAGCCUGCUUUUGGCCGCUGCUGAUCCUCAGAGCCUUUCUUACAGUUCUCAAGAGGAGUUUCUGUCCCACCUGGAGGACUACCAGCUCACGGUGCCUGUUCGGCUGAACGAUAAGGGCGAGUUUAUGAGUUACACUGUGAAGCAGCACCGGCCCGGACGCAGGAGACGGGCACUGGAUCAAACCGGGCCGGACGCCGCAGAGACCAGACUCUUUUACCGCCUGUCGGCUUACGGCAAACACUUUCACCUGAACCUCACACUCAACCCCAACCUGGUGUCCAAACAUUUCACUGUAGAGUACUGGGGUAGGGGCGGGCAGGAGUGGCGCCACGCUGUGGUGGACGAUUGCCAUUACGUUGGAUACCUACUGGAUCAGUACGACACUACAGGAGUGGCGCUGAGUAACUGCAACGGCCUGGUGAGUACAGAACCUCAGAAGGUGACGAUUCAUUUUCUAUGUCUGCUUGCAGCUGCCAGCUGGUUUGUGUCUCCUGCUGCGUUUCAUCAGGAGAACGCUCGCUGUAGAGUGGACGCUCCUGGCAGCUUCGCCCCGCUACGCCACCGGCGAGUCGGACCUGCGCUCACAACCGGACGCCAUGUUGGAAAAGCAGCCACGGCCCCGUGGCUCCGCCCCCUUCGCAGAAUAACCACACCUCCGGCAGUCCUCAGCGGUCAGCGGCGCUCCAUCAGCUCCGAGCGCUUCGUGGAGACCCUGGUGGUGGCCGACAAGAUGAUGGUGGGCUACCACGGACGCAAGGACAUCGAGCACUACAUCCUGUCCGUCAUGAAUAUUGUUGCCAAACUUUACCGUGAUGCCAGUCUAGGAAACGUUGUGAACAUUAUCGUGACCAGGCUGAUUGUUCUGACGGAGGACCAGCCGAAUCUGGAGAUUAAUCACCAUGCAGAUAAAUCGCUGGACAGUUUCUGUAAGUGGCAGAAAUCGCUGCUGUCUCAUCAGGGGGACGGAAACAGCAUCCCGGAGAACGGCAUCGCUCACCACGAUAACGCUGUCCUCAUCACCAGGUACGACAUCUGCACCUACAAGAACAAGCCCUGUGGUACUCUCGGUUUGGCGUCAGUAGCUGGAAUGUGUGAACCAGAACGGAGCUGCAGUAUUAAUGAAGACAUCGGCCUCGGCUCCGCUUUCACCAUCGCACAUGAGAUCGGACACAACUUUGGAAUGAACCAUGAUGGAAUCGGGAAUGCCUGCGGGACUAAGGGGCAUGAGACGGCCAAGCUGAUGGCGGCACACAUCACAGCCAACACCAACCCCUUCUCCUGGUCCACCUGCAGCAAGGACUACAUCACCAGCUUCCUGGACUCAGGUCGGGGAACGUGUCUGGACAAUGAACCUCUGAGGCGGGACUUCCUGUACCCCACCGUGGCUCCGGGGCAGGUGUACGAUGCCGACGAGCAGUGUCGCUUUCAGUACGGCGCCUCCUCCAGACAGUGCAAAUAUGGGGAAGUGUGUAGAGAGCUCUGGUGCCUUAGCAAAAGUAACCGCUGUGUCACUAACAGUAUUCCGGCCGCAGAAGGAACGUUGUGCCAAACCGGCAGCAUCGAGAAAGGGUGGUGUUUCCAGGGCGAGUGUGUGGCGUUCGGGACGUGGCCGCACAGCGUGGACGGAGGCUGGGGGCCGUGGACGCAGUGGGGCGAGUGCAGCCGGACGUGCGGCGGUGGAGUUUCCUCGUCCAUGCGUCACUGUGACAGUCCAGCGCCGUCCGGAGGAGGGAAGUACUGUCUUGGGGAGAGGAAGCGCUACAGAUCGUGCAACACCGACGCGUGUCCAGCAGCGUCGCAGGACUUCCGUGAGAAGCAGUGUGCAGACUUCGACAGCAUGCCGUUCCGUGGGAAAUAUUACAGCUGGAAGCCGUACACAGGAGGUGGUGUGAAACCCUGUGCGCUUAACUGCCUGGCCGAGGGCUAUAACUUCUACACAGAACGUUCUCCUGCAGUCAUCGACGGAACACGCUGCCAAGCUGAUUCUCUGGACAUCUGCAUUAACGGAGAGUGUAAGCAUGUGGGCUGUGACAACAUCCUGGGCUCGGACGCCAGAGAGGACAUAUGCCGUGUGUGUGGAGGAGACGGCAGCACAUGUGAGACCAUUAAAGGCCUGUUCAAUGACUCGCUACCCAGAGGAGGAUAUAUGGAAGUUGUCCACAUUCCUAAAGGUUCCGUCCACAUUGAGAUACGGGAGGUGGCCAUGUCGAAGAACUACAUCGCUUUAAAAUCUGAGGGAAACGAUUAUUACAUCAACGGCGCGUGGACCAUCGACUGGCCUCGCAAGUUCGACAUCGCAGGAACGGCUUUCCACUACAAGAGACCGACGGAUGAGGUGGAGUCUCUGGAGGCGCUCGGGGCCACCACGGAGAACCUGGUCAUUAUGGUGCUACUGCAGGAACAGAACCCAGGUAUCAGGUACAAGUUUAAUGUUCCCAUCCAGCGCACGGGCAGCGGCGACCAUGACGUGGGCUUCACCUGGCACCACCUGCCCUGGUCUGAGUGCUCAGCCACCUGCGCAGGAGGCUCGCAGAAACAGGAGGUGGUCUGCAAAAGGCUGGACGACAACUCGGUGGUCCAGAACAGCUACUGCGAUCCUGACGGAAAACCACCGGAGAACCAGAGGCCCUGUAACUCCGAACCGUGUCCACCUGAGUGGUUUAUCGGCGACUGGUCAGACUGCAGUAGGUCAUGUGACGGAGGGACACGGACGCGUACGGUUCGCUGCAUCCGCAAAAUCAUCCCUGCAGAGGAGGAGAACCUGGAGGACGUCCACUGCCUGACACAUCGACCGAUCGAGCACGAGAGCUGCAACAAUCAGUCCUGUCCUCCGCUGUGGGUUCCUCUGGAUUGGUCUGAGUGCACUCCGAAGUGUGGCCACGGCUUUAAACACCGCAUCGUGUUGUGUAAGAGCAGUGAUCUGGCUAAAACCUUCCCACCAGCGCUGUGUUCAGAGCUCAUCAAGCCCCCGGUGAGGAUGCGCUGCAGUCUGGGCCGCUGUCCGCCUCCACGCUGGAUCCCCGGAGAGUGGGGGCAGUGUUCAGCACAGUGCGGUUUGGGACAGCAGACGCGGACGGUGCAGUGUUUGUCCUACACCGGACAGCUGUCUAACGAUUGUCCAGAGACUCUGCGUCCCAGCAUGAUACAGCCGUGUGAGAGUAAAUGUGAUGCCACGCCCAUUACCAACGGUGACGAGUGCAAAGACGUAAACAAGGUGGCGUACUGCCCGCUGGUGCUGAAGUUCAAAUUCUGUAGCCGUGCCUACUUCAGACAGAUGUGCUGCAAAACCUGCCAAGGACACUGA